AUGCAGACGUACGAAGCAGAUGGCCGAGAAGACUACAUGGCCGACGAGAGCAUCGGCGAUCUGGAAACGUGGGGCUGGCAGAGGAGAGAGAGAGCGUCUCCGCCGUCACGCGGCAAGGCGGGCGGUGGCCCCGUUUCAGUCUUCCGAACCUCGGAGGCGGGUGUCAACAGACUCGGACACGACCGAUUAGACGAUGAGGUAACACCUUCCUUGGUUCAAGAUCGACUCUCGCGCAUUGCUCUCAUACACGCCACCGAUUCCACACCGAUACUUCCCCUUUUCCCAACAUCAGCAAUCUUAAGAUCUGAUCGCAUCGAACUACCAAAGUUGGACAACAUUCGAUCCAUCGUGUACCAGGAUAAUAUGGCCGUAUUUACGACCCAAGCCGCAAAGAUGGAUGUCGAGAGAUGCGAGAAGAGGACGAGGAGGGGGAGCGCCUUCGGGGAAGGUGACGGGGAGGCGAACACCGUCGUCUCAGCCCACGCGCUUUUGUGA